AUAGCCAUGUCAUCAUUUUUGCGCACAGCGCAACGAGAAUUACAAACAUGAAUUCCAAUAUUUUUAUAAUGAAAACAAACUUGUUGGCUGGUUUUAACUUGACUCUGCCUAAGCUUUGCUGUGGUACAAAGAACACAGCAGCAGACGUCGGGCAUGCGUAGAAAGCGGCAGCACUCACGUGGCAGUUCCUUGACGGACGUGCGUCAAGUCUCUAGCACGCAGCUGGCAAUCGUUCAGCUGGAGGAUGAGCUUGCGUUCCGUGAGCGUCAGCCGGAAAGAGCACACGCCUCUAAAGUGAGAAGAAACAACGAAACGUCAAGCAGGGGCUUCUCGGCACCCGAGUCACGUGACGCUGCCGUCGGCCAUGACACCCCUCCACCCCAUGACUCGGAGAGCACCAUCGAUGAAGACCACGAUUAUUUUCGACCGCCGGCGAACGAUGAUCUACCAUCAACAUCUAAAGACAUGAACGUGAACGCCAGAGGUCAGCCUGCAACACGACGAAGCGCACCGGUGAAGAUGUUGCACGGGAAACGCAGCAGUGUUCGGAGAUGCGACAACAACGCCUUCAUAUCGAUACCAGUGGACGACCUCUUGAGACAUAGGGUGCAAAUAUGCCAUAGCAGUUCAAAGAAAGCGCGCUAUCAAGCCUCCAGGAGUCCUUCUGAUGACGACGCGGCCAGAAACAAGACACAAAACAGAUCCAGUCAUCAAAAAAAGUAUUCAAAAAAAGAAACACGAAAAUAUACCAAAACUCGUUCUAGAAGUGAUUCAUCUUCAUCCCGCUCUAGGACACGUGAGCGUUACCCAUCAAGAAGACGUAAGUCAAGAAGUCAUAAGUCAAGAAGACAUAAAUCAAGAAGUCAUAAAUCAAGAAGUCAUAAAUCAAGAAGUCAUAAAUCAAGAAGAAGUCGUAAAUUAUCAAGAAGCCCUAACUCAUCAAGAAGUCGUAGCUCCACAUCUAGCAGCUGCUCAUCAAGGUCAGGUCACUCUUCCAGGUCCUCAGUUUCUACUAGACACACCAGUAGGAAAAAAAAGAAAUCAAAGUCUGGAUACCGGAUGAGCCCCUGUUCAACACAUGAUGAAUGCAGCUGCAGGUUAUCCCCCUGUCCAGCCUCGCGUGGACACAAAAAUUACCACACACAAAACAGAAGGUCCCAGGAUAAUGCCAGAACAGGGAACAGGUCACAUAGCAAUUCUUCAAUGCAAAAAGAAGGACAAGAAGAUAGUUAUCAAUUACAGUCUCCUGUACAAUCACCAGUGACCACAAAACACUGUCAAGCUCACUCAGAAAAUAAAAAAAUGACAUCAAGAAACCAAGAAGUUCCGGAUUCUUCUGAAAGACGACACCGGAAAUCAGCAGAUCAUAAUUCAAGUGAUCGUCCUGAAAGACGACACCGGAAAUCAGCCGAUCGUAAUUCAAACGAUUCUCGGGAAAGAAAACACAGAAAAUCGGCAGAUCAUAAUUCAAAUGAUCAUCAUGAAAGACACCACAGGAAAUCAGCAGAUCGUGGUUCAGAUACAGGUUCUGUCAGAAGCUCAAGCAGAACAUCCAACCAAAAUUUUCUUCAGAGGCUAGUUUGGAAGUCCCACAAGCAAGAAACUGGUCACUCUAGCAGGCAGAAGGAAUCAUCCAAAGAUUCGAAGGUGGUGAAAAAUUAUAGUCAGACUAAGCAACAGAAAACAGAUGAGGUAACCCGUCAGAGACAUCGGAGACACGACAGUCCUGAACCUAGAGAUAAAAACAAAGAGAAUCUUUCGUGUACACUGAUGUAAAGGGGCUGAUGUAUACAUUUGUGUAAUGGAAGUACCAUUUUUAAAAGUUUACUACAACUA